AUGUCUCUCGCACAAGCACUGGAACAGGAUCGCAAGGAGAUCUUGAAGUUUCUCGACGAACAGAAGGCCUCCAAAGCCUCUUAUGCAGAGGCCGGCACUAGCCCCACGUCGGCUGGCCGAAGCAGGGCGGAUUCAUCAUCCAGCCCCGCCGCCGGUCGGUUUGGGCCUAUAACAGGCAAUGGCGUGAGCAAGGCUGCUCCAGUCGCGAGUGGUGGCCGCCGUGCCUCUCUCAGCAGCCCACUGGCCAGCUCGUCGCCCUGGACGAACACACUACUGUCAGAAUGGGACGAUGGCCUCUACGAAACCGAUACGGAAGAGCCCGAGCAAGAGCGCCGCUCGUCGGACAGUGUGACCGCAUUCCCACCCAAGAGAAGGCAGAGGGCGUUGAAGGAGAAGGACAUCGAUAUCGACGCCGGCUACCUUUUCACUAUGCAGGGCAGCGGUACCCACAUCGCGUCCGGCAGACACACUACGAUAGGAGCGCCGACGCGAGACUUCACCACAUCGAAAACCGAAGACACAAAAUUCACCCGCCCCAACCGCCGAAAAUCCACCAACAUGGAGCGCGAUAGUAAAGAGAGACUGGAUGUGGCGCACGCAUCGGAAGAAAGUCUGUCCACCUCCUUCAAAUCCGAUCAGAGCGCCGCAGGAGACGACGACAAAAAUGAGCGACUUGCGAAAGACACAGUGGAGGGGGUGGAUGAAAAUUCUGACUCGGCGGAAAGCAGCGGAGAAGCAGAUGAUACCAGUUCGGACGACGAGGCGUUUGAUAUUCGGAAGGGUCCUGCCAAAUCCCGUGGAAGGAGUAAAGAGAAGACGGAGCUAUCGCCGGGAGCGUCGCCGGCUCCAUCUCCAAUGCCACCGGGAGGUUGGACUGGAAAGAGAGGACCAGGCCCAUUGCCUCCUGGAAGUUCUCACGUAGGCGGAGCCCUGAGUCUGUUCAACGAACUCGAGGAAGAACGAGAACUGAAUGGACCGCUAGUCACUCAUCGAGGAGCAAAUGGACGGAGAACGGUGCUUUCACCCGGGCCCAGGAGGAACGCAUCGUCGCCAGGAGCCAGGAGAUCCGGAGUGCAUCCUCACACUAGCUUCGACUAUAAUGGAUCCGGAAUGAGCACCCCCGUGGGUUCCGACGACGAGGCAGAUCUUUCCGACCUCAAACAAGCCCAGAAUCUUAGCGUGCACCUGUCGUCAGUCGACACAUCAAUUCCAGACCGAGCCAUCCGCACUAUCAUUCGGGGCGACUUUCCUCGUCUACAACAGGAGGCCGAGAAGAAGAGCCGGCGCCAGCGAAAAUACUUGGUUGCUACAGAUCUCAGCGAAGAAUCCGUCUAUGCUUUGGAGUGGACAAUCGGGACCAUCCUCCGUGACGGAGACACAUUGUUCGCUGUCUACGCUGUUGCCGACGAGAACGCUUCGGGCCUUGGCCUCAACACUUGCGUGCAGAUCGGUGACGGAGCGACAGUCAUCAAACACACUGCUGAUGUCGUAGGGAAGCAAACUGAGAAAACUGCAUUGAAGUACCAAGGCUCAUCAAGCCUGCUGCCGAACGCGUUAGCAGCCUACUUCGGCAACGACAGCAAAACUACUUCGCGGAAUAAUUCGGUGGAUUCGCGAGCCUUGUCCCGAUCGGAACAGGAUCGGUCUCGUGCUAUCGAGGAUAUUUCGGAUACUUGUGUUCGUCUGCUAAGGAAGACGAUGUUACAAGUGCGUGUUGCAGUUGAAGUCAUCCACUGUCGGAGUCCGAAACACCUUCUUACAGAAGCGAUUGACGGGCUAGAACCUACACUAGUCGUUCUUGGGUCUCGAGGUCGCAGCGCGUUGAAAGGUGUCUUGCUUGGUUCAUUUUCGAAUUACUUGGUCACAAAAUCCUCAGUACCAGUAAUGGUCGCACGCAAAAAGCUGCGCAAGCAAUCCAAAAAGACGACGCGUAUCCGACUAUCAAACAACCUCACCAUUUCAAAGGGCCUUGCUGGGGCCAAGAUUGAUUAA